UAAUAGAGAUCCUGGGUAUAUGCAAUAAGUGUUCUUCCGCAACAAAUCGUUUGGCCUAUAACCGAAUGAAGGCGUGUGAUGUUGCUGUUUAUGUUCUCUUUCACCUCUAAAUCCAUCCAAGCGGUAAAUAAAAUAGUUGUCAGAUAUACCAUUGCGGAAUAAGUAAAUGUACUAAUCUCACGCCUGUGUUGCUUGUGAGUUUAUUCUAGUUGCCGCUUGUGGAUGGUAUUUCAUGAGGUCUAGCUCAUUGCGUCGCUAAUGUCACUUGGUUUUACCCGUCUGAAUGAUCAUUGUUUAUUAUAUGCAGACUGAUAAAUAGAUCGGGCAAAGUGCAUCGUAAGUGUCGACAGAGGUAAUAGUAGGUUGCACUGUCAUCUACAUCGUGAAUUUUCAAAAAGGCAUACAAGUGUUCUCCCAGCGCUCAUCAAUUUAUUCUACAUGCCGACAUUGAUGUUUUUGUUUGGAAUGGUUAGAACCAGUAUAUUACGUAAUCAUUCAUCACAGUUGUGUGUACCAAAAACACAGUGUUUAUACCGAUCCGGUUGCAUGGAGAUGACAUACGUAACGAUUGAGGAUCUGAUUUUAGCUUUAUGGCACAUAUAAGCCAGGAAAUAAGGAGAUAGUUGCCGGAGUCUACUUCCGAUCAUGUCAGUUAAGUUAACCGAAAUGUGAAAGUGUUUGAGCCUACGACGACGAUUUCAAGUACUCUAAUACUGUACUCAAUACAAGCCCUAAGUGAAGUUUACUGUUUAGUAUUGGGAAAAGGCCAUGCAUUGUUUGAUUGUUUACAUGUUUAAUAACUGCAAACAUAACCAUGGUGCUUUCCUUCGUACAAGACAUCCUCUGCUAGCAAAGAAAUGACUCUUAUUCACCUUCGAACGCGGCCAUUUUUUAAAUGGUAUGUGUUGCUUCUGAUUGGAGUGGUAACUAUCAGUACCUACUAUCUUGUAUAUAUUCCGGAAACUGUAGGCCGCCAUAACACUAAGCACAUCAUUCCAGCGAAGACAAGGCCUACUGUAGAUCCUGGUAAUCUAAAAGAGGCUAAGUUAACACGGAGCAUGCGCAAUAAAACAUUGCACACUAUGUGUGCCGGGGAUCCUGCUAGGGGCGAUGUUUGGAAGCUGGCAGAACCAGAUACCGUCUUUCACCAAAUAAUAGUCGACGAACAGCGCAAGUUUUUAUAUUGUUACGUCCCCAAAGUGGCGUGCUCCAACUGGAAACGUGUAAUAAAAUACAUACAGGGCAGUCUGACCGAUAUAAACACAGAAGUAAAGAUGGACCAUAAGAAAGAUUUAGUUUUUUUAGACUCAUUUAGUCAAGAAGAGAUUGAUAUCAAGUUAAAAACGUACUUCAAAUUCAUGUUCGUACGAAAUCCAAUAGCAAGGCUAGUCUCUGCAUACAGAAAUAAAUUCAGGGAGAAUAUAGUGUCGUUCCAUAAACGAUAUGGCGUGCCGAUUGUACGAAAAUAUCGAAAGAACGUAAAUAAUGAUGUUAAGGGUGAUGACGUAACUUUCGAAGAGUUUAUUAGGUAUCUGUUAGAUACGGACACAUCAAAUAUGGAUAUGCAUUGGCGACCAAUGAACGAGUUAUGUCAACCGUGCGCGGUCAAUUAUGAUUUUAUAGGCUCGUUCGAGUACCUCAGUGUAGACGCAAACGAAGUUCUGAAAACGAUAGGCGCCGAGAGCGACACGUUUUUCCCUCAAAGACAAAGAUGGUACAAACCUACAACGCAACAAAAGAUUAGCGAUGAGAUGAGUUCCGUUUCUUUGUAUUAUCUCCAGCAAUUAGUAGAAAAAUAUUUGGUUGACUUUAUAAUGUUUGGAUAUCCGCCACCAAGUUUGAAACCAAUUGUUGCGGGGGAGGAAGAAUAACAUUCCUUAUUGUCAUCUUUAUAAUUUCUAUAGUAGAACAUAAUACGUUAUUGUUUUGUUUAUGAAGAACAAUUGUGUGAUUAAUUCGAACAAGAUUUGUAAUUCACCGAUGAAUCUAUGAAAAAUUUGCGUGGGAUCAAAAAAUGUACUUUUUAACCAUAAAAACUUAUAUACAAGGAUCGGUAAUACAAAUCAUCAAUGAAUGUUGCUGGGCAAUGGCCCGGAUGUAUGGAUCAAAUGUUUUUUUCGCAUUGAUGCUAACUCAGCGUUUGACAUUUUCAGCUGAUUAGCUGGCACCACGGUCGCUGUGUCCAUUAGCAUAAUGCAGUCAAAAGUACUGUAGUACAGUGACGUCAUUACUGUUCCAUCAUGAAGUCAUCGUUACUGCUCCAGAAGAGGCAACAUUUUGUUAUUGUUGUCUUUUAAGGGGUCUGCGACAAAAACCGUGUUAAUGUGGGCCUACCGUAUUGUAAAAUGGGAAAACGAACUAUCAAAAUGUUUUUUAUACCUCCCUGGUUGAAUGGUGACAAGUGCAGACGAUACAACAGCGUCUUCAACAUGCAGUAGGCCUACUUGGAUCGUUUAUUUUUUUUUUCCUGCUUUAUCUAUUUUCAACCGUGUUUCAAUAUGGAAGUUGGUCAUAGACGUUAAAGCAGAAUGAUUAACAUUUUUCGAAAAUGCAGACUCAUUUAAACCAAAGUGUCCUUAAUUAUGACCAAAACAUGUGAUGUGCCUUGUUGGUGACAGCCAAAUGGGAAACAAGUUGGCUGGUCUUAAGUCUUUCAGUCUUCCAUUAAGCUGUUCACACGAUAAACUUUUAUGCAACAAAUUUCUGUGAUUUGUCCAUAUGGGUGUGACAUGACUUCAUCCUACUCACACGGGUAAAUUACAGGUUUGUCACAUACAACUUGAAGUGUAGAAAGCGUUUUAGAUAGUUUUCCAAAAUCUAAACGUAAGCAUUACACGAUGAUUCACCAACCAUACCUAGUUCGAAGUGCGCAUUGUAACUGUUCGUGACGUAAAACGAUCGAUUCUUAGUGCGCAUGCGCAUGAAAAAGUGAACUAUGUAUUAUACAGUGUCAUGUGUAUUAUGCCGUUAUGUUUUGAGAUUUUGAAAACUCCACUAUUGAUAUUUACGUUGACAAUAGAUAAAGUCAUUGUGCGUUUCAUUCAUGGUACAUACUAUACUACUAUCUACAGUUGUUGUGUUGUGUUUGUUUGUUUCUAACUGAUACAGAUAAUCGAUAAACUUCGGCCGCUACGGUAUACUACUAUAAAAAGACUACAGUAUUACUAUGCAUUGAAGGUGGCGCCCUCUCUUUCCUUAAAGUAAUGUUCUGUACAUUGGUACCCCUUAACAUCACAGUAUCGUCAUUCUAUUGUGAAAACGUUAAUAAUUAACCAGUGAAACUACUCUAAUCAAUGCCCCGACUAGUAGUUAAUUGAAGAAUUGUCCUAGUAAAAUGUCUGUGAAUCGACGAAAACUAUUUCAUUCAUAAUUAUAUAUUAAAACAUUUAUUGCUAAUUGAUUUAAUAUGUCUUUGUCGGGUGUUCCUGACUUGAAAGCGGACAGUAAGAACCAAAGAGUACAAAACUACAAGAGAUCCGACUGCCGUGAUUUUGUAUGCAGGCAAUAAAACGUUCAAAAAGUACUGCCACUAAAUAGGGGGCGCCUGAAUUCAAAUAAGAGUUCGAAACUCGAACAUGCACGCACGCAGCACACGUCUGAUCAUCAAACGUCUUUUAAGGCCACGCCCCUUUGUGUAAGUACUCUUUGAAAUAGGAUUGCGUUCCAAUAAAACCACGGCAGCCGGACCUCUUUUUGCAGUUCUAUACUCUUUGGUUGAACAUUCAAAAGGGAGCUUUCGGUUGGUGUGACGGCGUGAAUUGGGCUCGUUGAUAACGGCCUCGUGUUCUCUACACAAUGUAGAUUCUGGCGGACGUACAAACAAGUGAUAGGCCCCCAAUGUGAUUUUGGAAUACACCUAAUGUAUUUGAAUUUUUAAGACUCUUUAACUGGGGCAUGUCAAAGGUUAAGUCGCCUGAACAAGCGGCUUGUACAAUCGUUUGCGGUUUUAUUUUAAAAUAAAUCGUUAUAACUCAACCGUUAAGGUAUUUAGCCAUUAAUAAUAACUAAAUUCAUAUCAGAUCAGUGAUUUACUUUGUAUGUUUAAGUGACAAAACACGGACAGUUGAGACUGCUAAAUAGUUAUUGAAAUGCAUAAAUUUAUGGUAGAAUUAGAUUUGUAUUGCAUUUUUUCAAUAAUAUAAAAUUUGUUUUUGUGUUACCUUAAGUUUUUAAGUGGUCCCCGUAGGUGAGAGUGUGCGUAUUAUUUAUACAAAUGAAGUUGUGUACUGCAUCGUGGGAUAUCUGGAAGCGGAUGUUUACGACAAUAACCGCUAAAAUUGAUAAUGUGUGGGUUAAGGAACUAUCAAAAUGUGGGUUGAAAGUACAGGUAUUCAAAUCUAACAUUUUUGGAAACAGCGCCACCAUGGAAAUGAAACAUUUGCCUCGAAAUAGUUUGUAACCUUCGAAUAUUUGUUUGUGUUUUCAAAGUCUUCCAAUUUGGUAAUUACUAUUUUUGUCGAAUAAAUAUGAACGAACGUAA